AUGUCUCACUCUCACUCCUCAAACAGGGCCACCCACGGCUCCUCGAACCGGCCCCACUCUCCACGUCCCGUCUCCGACCCCACUGUCGCCGGCGCCGGACGUCGUGACCAUACCGCUGUCCAAGAUCUGCGUACCCGCGGCAAUGCUCAGCCUCCAGCAAACAGUGACGACCUUGGCCGAGAAAUCGAUGAGAUUUGGGAGCAGGGCGACAAGCUUCCAGCUCAAAUGCCUAGACCAUCCUACGCUCGAUAA